GUCCCUUCUGCUUCUCCCCCCUGCUCCCCCUGCUCCCCCCCCCCGGCUCCUGUUUUUCAUUUGUCUUGCAUGUCUGGGUAUUCAGACACUGCUGGCUUGGCCUCGGCUGUGCGCAGGACCCCGCGUCUGCAGCCGCACCAGCAGUCACAGCAGCAGCCGACGUGGGGAAACAUCGACGCCUUGUCUUCAACAUCGGCAGGGAAGCAGCACAGCCACGCUGCGACCACCGCCACGACCGCCACGUCCCACGACAGCAACAACCACAGCAGCAACGACGACAACAACGACGACACGACGCCGUUCCUGGUGGAGAAGGCGCACCUCGGCGGCUGCUGGCGGAAGGCCAACUGCGCCAAGCACCGCAAGGCCCUGCUCGCCAAGAACUGCUUCCGGCCGACCCUGUUUGCCGUCGCCGCGCUGAGCAUCUUGAGCAUCCUCGUGUUCCCGGUGCCAGACCGCUUUGACCACCAGGAGCUCACCUUCUCGUGCCCGCGCACCUCGCACAUUGACAUUGAGCACGACGCCGCAUUACGCUCGGCCAAUGCUUCUUCGCUGCUGCUGCUGUCGGAGUUGAGCAGUCUGGUGAUGCCUGCGACAGCGACGGCACUUCCGACCCCGUCUGUGUCCGUGGAUGCAUCGUCCAGACUAGCAACGGCGAAAGUGUCGAAAAAGUCGCCCCGGGGGCAUCUGCACGACGACGACGGCGACGACGACGACGACGAGGACGACGAUGAAGGCGAAUGGCGGGGCGGAAGCUCCCGUCGACGCCUGUACCAUGUCUUGGGCGAAUGGGUCUCGUCGCUGUUUGAGUCGACAGAGGACACGUCGGGUGGCAGCAGCGCAGCCGACGCGUCGCCCUCGAGUCCGCCUCGCCCGUCGAGCUGUUCGGCCUGCCAGCCGGAAGCCACCGUUCCGCCCGCGGCCAUCUUGCCGCCGUGGGUCGGGCUCCUGAGCCAGCAACCUGUGACCUUUGACGAGUACAGACACGCCCUGGCGAAUCUUGAACUCGUGCGCUUUAACGUGACGGCGGAAAACCAGGAGGCCGUCAGCAAGUACUUUAACGACACGCUCCAGGACUUGCGCAUUCCACCAGGCUCGGUCGUGACGGCCAUUCCCCAUGCGCGCUACCGCACCUGCGGAAGCCAGGCAUUUGUUCCGGCGCUCGGCCUGAGACCCGAGGACCUCGGCCACUGCCCGACGCGCUUUGUGUUGCACGGCCAGGAGACGCCGCCAAUCUACAUUUACUCGGCCGGACACUUGCGGACCAUCUCCGCCACGUCGCCCUACCAGCAAGCAUAUCUCUCCAAGGCCGGCGUCCCGUAUGUGCUCUUCAUGCACACUUGGAGCCAGCCAAAGCACAACGACAAGACGUGGCACACCAAAAACAACCCGCGUCCGGACGACGAGCUCGAUCCAGAAGAGCAAGGCGGCUUGAAUGCCUCCGACUGGCAUGGCAUCCACAAGCUCGCCAAGCUGCACCGCCCGUACCUGCAAAACGCCUUCAUCAUGAUGGAAGAUUACCUGGAAGUUCGCGAUCAGAGCAGGCGGCUGCGCUUCCCCAACAUCCCAAACCACUAUCAAGACGGCGUCAAUGCAGAUCUGGUUGCCGUGCAACACUACACGUACUUUAUGGUCCACAGCCUCGCCAAGGCGACCAUUCUGGCCACGACCGGGCUCGAAAUGCACCCGGCUGCCACGAUUGUUCGCCUGCGCCCGGACAUUACCAUGCAAGAAGUGCAGCUGGGCUGCUUCCAGCGUGCCUUGCUUCAAGAUCCGCUCGUGUUCUACGGCUCCUGCAACGACCCAGGCAAGGCGUGGCGGUCAAAGAAAGUGUCUGACAUUUACUUUGUCACGUCGCGGCUUGUCAUGGACAAGCUCACCACCUUUGACGCCGUCCGCUAUCUCGAGGACCACUCUGAUGACUUUGGCUAUCCCGAAGAAAUCCUCCGAGAGCUUCUCGACAUGCUUGGUGUGAAGCUUGUGUGGUGGCGCGAGGCCGACUUUUUCCUCUGGCGCAACAAGCACGAGUCGGACAAGCGUCCGUAUCGCUGCGAGCGGUUCUAACUCUCGCAGGGCCCUCUUCAACUAGUUAACGAUUGAUGUUUUUGUUAAGACAAACUCCCCUCCUCUUCUCUCUCCCCUUGUUGACCUGUUUAUUGUACAAAUGUAUCUUUUGAUUGCUGA